GGGAAUCCAACAUGGCGAGCGCGGCGCUGCGGGGAGAUCAGUCCGCCGCUCUCUGUUAGAAACCGGGGGAAAUGCGGGGAUAGCUGCGGGCCGCGCGCUCCGUGCUGAAGCCGAGCUUCGUGUUUUUCUGUGUGAGGUGCAGUUUAACCGCGGGAAGGGCCCGAAUGAGAGACUCAACGGUGGCACACAGUCUGGGCUCCCAUCAGAAAUCUCCUUCCCAGCGCCGAGACCCGUCCCCGCCGUCGCUGUCCAGACUCUCUCUCGGAGAUGGGCAGAGCGACGCCGACAGACUCGCCAGCAAGUUCGAGGAGGGGCAGGACGUUUUAGCUCGGUGGUCCGAUGGCCUGUUUUACCUGGCGACAAUCGCAAAGAUAGACAAACAGAAGCAUCGCUGUUUCGUGGUUUUUGAAGAUCAGUCCAAAUCGUGGGUUCUUUGGAAGGAUAUUCAAACAGGGGACAGUGGAGAGGAGAUGCUUUGCACCAUUUGCCAGAAUGAAACCUCAGAACCGCCCAAUGAAAUGGUCAUCUGUGACAAGUGUGGACAAGGAUACCAUCAGUACUGCCAUACGCCCAUCAUCGACCCCGGCAUCAUCACAUCAGAUGAGAAGUGGCUCUGCAGACAGUGUGUGUUUGCGACGACGACGAAGAGGGGAGGAGCUCGUAAGAAAGGGCCGAAUGCUAAAGCUCUGCAGGAGAUGAAGCAGUCUCUGCCCUACAGUCUGGAGGAGCUGGUCUGGGAUCAGGGCCACAAAACCAACGCUGAGCAAUGCUACUGCUACUGUGGAGGACCUGGAGACUGGUUUCUGAAGAUGCUGCAGUGUAACAGAUGUAAGCAGUGGUUUCAUGAGGCGUGCAUCCAGUGUUUCGAGAGGCCUAUGCUCAACGGAGACAGGUUCUAUUUGUUUAUUUGUUCAGUUUGCAGUAGUGGACCAGAGUACCUCAAACGACUGCCUCUUAGAUGGGUAGAUGUAGCACACCUGAGCCUCUACAAUCUGAGUGUUAUUCACAAGAAGAAGUACUUUGAUUCGGAACUAGAGCUCAUGUAUUAUAUCAACGACAACUGGGAGGAGCUACAGCUGGGCGAGCUUUCAGACACCCCUAAAUCCGAGCGCUACGACCGAAUCCUGGAAGCACUUAAUAACAACCCAGCCAUGUUCAUCUCUGGGAAGGAGAUAAAGAAGAAGAAGCACCUGUUCGGGUUACGGAUCCGCUUCCCCCCCUCCCCCCACAGCUCAGAGACCCCCUCCUACAGGGAGCAGGAGAAAGCCUCUCAGGAGAUCAAGAUCAAAGGCAGGAAGUCCAGCAAACCCCUCCACUCGUCCAGCCCGGUUAUUAAUGGAGUUGUGAAGAAAGGAAAGAGGAAAUACAGUUCGCACUCUCUGGAAACACUGGCCAAACUGCGGCGAUCAGAAGGACUUUUGGCGCAGCAUGAUGUGAAGCUGCCAGCGCUGGACCGCAGCUCGCUGGACGUGAUGACCUCUAAAAGCAUCAAAAGUGAAAAGUCUGUGCCGUCGUCGAGUACCUCAGAUGUUGAAUCCGUCGGUGCCACAAUGAGUGAAACUACCUCAACUAGUAUAUCCAGCCUGAGCAGCCCCAGCAAGAUCCACUCGGACCGCCUCUGGCCGGCCACCACGCCCCCGGUGAAGAGGCGCCGCGGACGCCCCCGGAGAGCCCUUCAGCCCCCCAACCCCGAAAUCCCCCCUCGCCCCGAACCGCCCAGCCCCGGCCCCCCGGACCCCAACCCGCCCCGCCUCCACCCCACAGACUUUCUGCAGAGCCUGGACCCAAACCCCCAGCUCAGCCACCUCAAGAGCUCCAUCAGCAGCUACUUCGGCGCGGCCGGGCGCAUGGCCUGCGGGGAGAAGUACCGCGUCCUCGCCCGCAGGGUCACCGAGGACGGCAAGGUGCAGUACCUGGUGGAGUGGGAGGGGGUCACCGCCUCCUGAGCUGAGCCUGGAGUCCUUAAUCAAUCAAUCAAACACACACACACACACACACACACACUCUCACACACACAAAAACACACACACUGUAGGGUUUAAGACUUUCAGUGCGCCACUAAUCCUGAGGUAAGAACAGCUCGGGUCUGAGGAAUGUAACGAACAGGGUCUCUGAAGAAGAUCUGAGAAGAAGCUUCAGGAUCACGAGAAAGAAAGAAAGAGAGGAAGAGAGAAAGAGAGAGAGAGAGAGAAAGAGAGAGAUGGGACUAUAGUACAGUAUAGUACACGCCUCUGUGCCAUUACAAAAGGACUGCCUUGUAGAUUGUAGAUGUCAGUGGGGGGAGGGGAGGGGAGGGGGGGGCUACAUAUCAGAAGUGGGUUUAUACUCAGUGACUGGAAACCAGUGCAAAUCCAGCUUCCAUAAGCAUGGAAGCAAUUGACCAGUCUAAGCUCCGCCCACAAUUAUUUUUUAUAUAUAUUUUUUGAUUAAUUUUGUAGCUGCUGUUGCUAAAUUGGACAAACUUUAAUGUGAUAGAAUGUGUAAAAUGAAGGGAAUCAAUCAUAGUUCGGGAUCAUUUGUUUAAAGUUUAGCACUUUUUUCAAAAGUCAGAUUGGACAUUUUUUCCUCUGAAAUGUACAUUUGCUAUAUUUUCUGGAAAUUCAGAUUUAUUAUCUCAUCAUUCAGAUUUGCUCUCUCAAACUUCUUACUUAUUUUCUCAACCUUUAGAUUAACUAUAUGACAUUUAGGACUAUAUUAAUCUAAAUGUGAAAUUAUUUAAAAAUUCAGAUUACCUCAGGACUUAGGUUUACUAUCUCAAAAUUGAGAUUUUCACAAAUUUCAUAUUCACUGUGUCUCAUUUAUUUUCCCUAAAUUCAGAUUCAGUCUCAAACUUCUUACUUAUUUUCUCAAUAUUCAGAUUUACUGUAUGAUUUUUUUUUUUACUUUAUUAAUCUAAAUGUGAAUAAUGAUCUCAAAAUGUAUAAAAUUCAGGUUUGCAACCUGUAGAUUUUCUUAAAUUUUAGAUUUAAAAUCUUAAAAUGCAUGUUUCCUAUCUCAAAAUUGAGUUUUCUCUUAUUAUCCCCAAAUUCAGGUCUACAGUCUAAGAUCUCUGAACUUUGAGAUUGUAAUUCUGAAUUUUACAAAAGUUACUAUCUGGACAUUCUGAUUCUUAUUUUCCCAAACCUUCCUUUUCUCAAAAUUUAGAUUUAUUGUCUCAGAAUUAUGACUUUAAUAUCUCAAAAUUCAGAUCUGCUCUCUUCCUUUUUUUUCAAUAUUCAGAUUUACUAUAUCAAAAUUCCUACCUUUUUUUUUUUUCCAAAAUUCAGUAUUUUCUCAAUUUUUAAAUUAAGUAUCUCAAAAUUCAGACUUUUCUCAAAAUUCAGCUUUACUAUCUCAUAAUUAUAAGAUUCUCACAAACUUCAGAUUCACUGUCUCAAAGUUCCCACUUAUUUUCCCCAAAUUCAGAUUUACUAUAUCAAAAUUCUGACUUGCUUAAUCUAAAUGUGAGAAUCUUUUUAUAUAUUUGAUAUAUUUUUCUUUUAAGUUCAUGUUUGCGACCUCAUGAGUUCCUCAAAUUUUAGGUUUUCUAUCUCAAAAUUCAGGCUUUUCUUAAAUUACAUCUUUACUAUCUCAGAAUUAUGAUUUAUGAUCUCAUUCAGAUCUGCUCUUUCAAACUUCUUAUUUUCUCAGUAUUCAGAUUUACUAUAUUAAAAUUCUGAUUGGUUAAUCUAAAUGUGAGAAAUGAUCUUAAAAUUCAGGUUUACGACAUCUGACUUAUCUAAAAAUUGUGACUUUUCUUAAAUUACAUCUUUAUUAUCUCAGUAUUAUAACUUAUUUCCGCCAAAUUCAGAUUUACAGAUCUUAGAACUCCGAAUUUUGAGAUUUUAACUCUGAAUUUUACAAAACUCUAAUUUUAUUUUAUAAUAUAUAAUCUAUAUAAUAAAAAUCUGACUUGUUUAAUCUAAGUGUGAGAGAGAGAUAAAUGUGUAGAUUUGCUAUUUGAAGCUACUAGCUAAUAAUCUUGAAAAUCAGAUUCAGUAUCUCAAAAUUCUUUUCUCAAAACUCAAGUUUACUAUCUCAAACUUUCUUACUUAUUUUUUGCUAUUUUUUUAUGUAUCACAAAAUUCUGACUUUUGACUCAAAAUUUUAAUUUACUGUUGUAAAAUUCAGACUUCUCAAUUCAGAUUCACUAUUUAAAAAAAUUUAUUAGAAAGAUUUUCUUGUUGGUAUAAUUGAGCGAGUUUGUGGGCGGAGCUUGGAUGGAACACAUCACCCCUUUCUGUUUAGAAAAUAAAAGUCCCGGCGUUUGUGCUUCUGAUGUGCGGUUCCCCGGAGGAGAGGUGAUAAAUCAAUGCUGUAUGCUGCUGCAGACUGAGGUUUAUUCUUUAUCCUUUAUUCUGUGUUUAUUUCCUGCCUGGGAGAGAACAGCGUUUCGAUUGGGCACUUUUAUACCUUUUAAUUUCACUCACAAUUAAUUGCACAUAAGUUCAUCCUGUUAAUCCAGUAUUGUUACAAAUUCAAGCCGAACUUUAGAGAUUUUCCAGCACAUGUUGGAGCUUCAAUACGAGCGUAUUAAUUUCCCUUUAAGCUACGGACCACUGGAGUCACACAUCAACCUGUACAUCUCUUUAUGCCCAUAUAUGGUAUUCCAGGUCUAACCUCAAGCGUAAUGUUUAGGUUUUUAGAAAUCAUUUCUUUUAAAUGUAAUGUCUUAAAUUGUUACUUAUUCAUAAAAUGGUGAUUCUCAAAAUCCUUAUUUAUUCUCUUAAUUUACGCUUACUGUCUCAAAAUUGCUGUAUUAUUUACUCAAAAAAUGGUAAAAUUUGAGAUUGUAAAGCUGCAUUUCUUCAAUGCAAAAUUCUGACUCUUUUUUUUCUUUUUUUUCUUCAAUGACUUUUUUUCAAUGUAGAUUUAUUUUUCCUUAAAAUUCUGAUUUCUUAUCUCAAAAUUCUGGCUUUUUUUUUAUAGAAUUCAGAUUUAUCAUCCAAAGUAUCAUUUUCAUUAGAAAAUUUUAUUAACUCUCAAAAUCAUAACUUAUUUGCUCAAAAUUCAGAUUAACUAUAAUAAAACACUAAUUUGUGUUUUUGAAAUUCGGGCUUACUAUCUAAAAUACUGACUUUUUUUUUUAUUUAUGUGCAUUUUCUUAAAAUUCAGGUUUCUUAUCCCAAAAUCCUGACUUAUUUUCCACACCAUUCAUAUUUACAGUUGUGACAAACUGUAUUGAAAUUUAGGUUGAUUAUUUUAAAAUUCUGACUUAAAUUCAAUUAAUCAAUUCAAAUUUGAUUUACUAUUUUCUAAUGUUAUUGAAUGAUAGUUUUUCUGUUUGUUAAUAUUGACUUGUAACAGAUUUCAGUUACUAUCUCAAAAUCUGAAUUAUUUUUUCAAUUAUCAGACUAGUUGUGAAAAUUCAUAGUUCUGACCUGUUUUGUCGUAUUUCACAUUUAAUAUGGCAAAAUCCUGACUUAUUCCCUUAAAAUUCAGAUCAACUAUAAAAAAUAUAUUUUUUUUUUCAGGAGAUUUUGUAAGUCAGUAUUUUAAGAUACUAUAAUUAUCUUGUAUAGUUUUUUUUUAUUUUAUUUUAUUUUUUUUUAUUAUGUAUGGUUUUUGAAACUUUUUUGAAACCAUUUAUUUUUACCAUUGAAAAUCAGUGUUAGACCUGGAGUCCCAUAUAUGGGCGUAUGGUAAAAGUAUGAUGCUGCUUCAGUGGUCAAUUGUGUCAAAAGAUAAAGCAUUAAUUUCUUUAUUAAAAGUGAAUGUUACUCUGUGGGAAUGUAUGAAUAAGUGGGUAAAAUUAGUAUAAAAUUAGUAUAAAAUAUAAAAUAACUUUAAUCAAAAUAGAAUCGAGAGGGUUCUAUUGUUUCACGUGUUUAAUAAAAAUAUUUCUGCCAGUUUGAGUUUAUAAACUGAGCUCUAUAACCUUAGAUGAAGGUCCCCCUCAUAUUGUGUAUGGAGUCCUUAUGUUUAUAUUUAGUUGUGAUUUUUUUUUUCCGUUAUUUAAUCUUUUCUAUGGUUUAACCUGCACAGGAUCUUGUGUGUAGAACCUUGUUUUUCUGAUCGCUGAUGAACAUCUUUCAUUUGUUCUGGUUAAAUAUGCACACUAUUGACAUUAGAAGCUCAAGGAUCUUUAUUUUUGUUGUAUUUUUUUUUUUGUUUUUUCUCUUCUAACUUUGUGUCCUAGUUUUUUUUUUCUUCCUAUGCAACUCGAGUUUCAGCAGAUCUGUUUGGUUUGGAUUUAGUUUUUCUGCAUUUUCACAUGUUCAUCUGCUUCAGGAAAAAAAAACAAAAAAAAAAAAACAGAACAGCAAUAUUUUUGUUACGACGGACUCAGGCUUUUAUAAAAUCUUGGUGCUAUUUAUUGCUUUGGAAAACAGUGUACGCCCAGGAUGCUUUCUAUACGCUUUUACACACGUUCAUUCCAGCCAGGUAGAGGAGUACUGUCACAGCUUUCAUUCUGUUUCAAAAUUCAGUCUUAUUUUCUCAAAAUCCUGCCUAAUUUUCUCAAAAUUCAACCUUUUUUUUAUUCUGAUUCUUUUCUCAGAAUUCAGGUAAAGAUGUAUUAUGUCACAAUUCUGAUUAUUUUUUCCAAAUUGUCUCAAAAUCCAGCCUAAUUCUCUUAAAAUUCAGCCUUUUUUAUUUUGAUUAUUUCAAGGAUGUAUUAUGUCAAAAUUCUGAUGAUUUUUUUUCAAGAUUCUGCCAAAUAUUCUCAAAAUUCAAACUUAUUCUCUUAAGUCAGCCUAAUUUACUCAAAAUUCAGACUUUUUUUCAGAAUUUAGCUUAAUUUUCUCAACAUUCUGCCCUAUUGUCUCAAAAUUCAGACUAAUUUACUCAAAAUUCAGACUUUUUUUUCCAGAAUUUAGCUUAAUUGUCUCAAAAAUCUGACCUUUUGUCUCAAACUUCAGACAAGAGAUGUAUUAUCUCACAAUUUUGACUUAUUUUCUCAAAAAAUCAUUAAAAUUAAUUUUCUUCAGAAUGCACAUGCUUCAAAAUACUGUUUUAAAAUUGACUUUUUUUCAAAUUUCACUUUUUUUCAUUUUUAGUAUCUCAAAAUAUUUCAAACGUUUAUGUUUAAAUUCUGAAAUUCUCAGAAUUCAGAUUUACUAUUUCAAAAUUCUGGCUUCUUCUUAGAAUUCAGAUGAAUUACUACCUCAAGACUUAUUUUCUUAAAAUUAAGAUGAACUGAAGGUUCUUACCUACUUCCAGAUACACAUGAACACAAUUUUCACAAUUCUGCCUUUCUGUCUUGGAGACCCGACGGUCUAUCUGAUAUUUUUGACUUCUUUGACCUUCUAAAAUUCUGGCUUAUUGUCUCAGAGUUCUGAGAUAGUAAUUCUGAGUCUGAAUUCUGACUUAAUUUUCCUCCUGAUUCAGACUUACUGUCUUGAAAUGUGACACUUCUUUGACUUUAGGCGUAUUUGCUUAAAAUUAUGGUUUAUCGUCUCAGAAUGUAGACUUCUUAAAAAUGUAUAUCAUUUUUAUGCAUAAUCAUAAUUAUGUUCUCGGAUUUUAGGUUUGUUUUUGUAUUCAGAUUUUGUAGCUAAAUUCUGACUUGUUUCCUCAGGAUUCAGUUCAGAAUAUUUAUUGCUAUUUUUUUGUAUUAUCUCAAAAAAAAAAAAAAAAUCUAAGAAAUUGAAACCAUUUCAAACGAAUGACCUUUUAUUGUAUCAAAUGUAUUAUCUCAAACUUUUGAUUAAUCAGCAUGGAAUUAAAGACUUGUAUUUUGAGACACUGGUAAAAUAUUGAUUUUUAUUACAUUUCAAGCAAAUAAUUCAACAUUUGUUUAAUAUGGCAUGAAAUAUGACAUUACUUAGAAAUAUUAUUUGAAAUGUAUCACUUUGUGUAAUUAUUAAAUUGUUAUUUCAAAAUAACAUCACAUUUCUGAAUUUUAUUAAAAGGUUAUUUUUGUCGUUCUGCCUGGCAGGAAUGGACUUUACUGAGCGGGUGAUAAUAUGAGGUAAAAAGGUUUAGAUUUGACGUCUGCUGAUAGUAUUUUCGUAAGAUUUUGUAACGUGUUUUUUUAGCGAUGUUCGGUUUGGGUAGAGAUGCGCUGUAUUUUGACGUAAUCUAACCACUCGCAGCUCAGAGCGCUAAUGCUAACGCUAACGGUAAGACCGGUUCUGGACUUCAACAGCGAUACCUCGGUUCUGUUUUAUAUCUGUUGUAGUUCGUGGUGUGUGUGGAACGUUAAUCAGUUGGUGUACAAGUUCUGGUUCUAGAUCCAAACAGCCUUCUUUUGUUUUCUACUGGCUUUGAGCGGCUUUAUAGCCAAAGAAUAAAUCCAUCCAAUCAG